GCUGUGCCGCACAACAGGAAUGAGCAAGUCCGGUAGCGCAGCGUUAAAACUACACAAAAGAUAAACUAGAUGUAUGUCUUAUUUUGACAGUCUGUGGUUUGCAACAUGUACCAGAGCUCUGUGGAGACAUUUUAGAAAGUAUAAAGGUGACAUUAGUUGAAUAUUUGUUAAAAAUAAAUCAGUAUUUGCUACAGUGAAGGCGAAAAGAGCCAGCGUUGCCGGUUAGCUGCCGAGAGUAGCUAGCUUAAUGCUACUUCCGCUCUCACCGGAAGUUGCGCAUUAAUUAUUUCUACAGUCGUUUUUUAUUUUUUUGUUUUAUUUCUUAUUAGCAAAUUAACAUAUACAAAUCGACAUAAUACAUUGUGGUACAUAAAAAACAACGGAACAGACAAGCCUCGAUUAUUUCUACAGUACAGUAGUGCCCUAAACACCCUAAUCCCAUUGGUUGAGUACAGUUACGUCACUGUUUGAAUGCCGGAAAAGGCGUGUCCGUGGAGUUAAUGCUAAUGCUAAUGUGAAUUAAACUAUCUGCUGUUGUACCGUGUGGGAAAACGCAGCUGACGAAGACAACACCAGCGACUGUGUCUCCUGCAGCUUUUGAACUCUAACACCGCGCAUGUUGUUCUGUUUCCUGCAGUGGGAUGAAACGAUGGAGCAGCAGGAGCAGAUCGAGUGGGACGAUGUGAACAAACUUCUGCAGCAUCAUGGUUUUAAGCCAGUGUGUUUUGCAGAUCCCGUAGAGAACAAGAACCUCUCAGAUUUGAUUCUGCUGGACAAGAAGUCAGCCAGUGAGAUCAGGAUGUCCCUGAGGACGAUGCUCACGGAUUCAGAGAGAAGACAGGCCCUCAUCCAGGAGCUCAUCAAGUCCAACAGUCAGCUCAAAGAAGAGGUUCAUGAGCACAUGAGUCGAGCGGCUCAGCAGUCUCAGAGGGCCACAGAGCUGGAGGGGCUGCUGGAUGCGGUGAAGACCCGAGUCCAGGACCUGGAGGACCGCUGCCUCGGCAAGGCUGUCCAGCAGCACAGCCACACACAGCGACUGCAGCAGGAAAAACAAGAAGCACAGAAACGGAGUCAGGUCCUCGAGCAGAAGCUGUCGAAACAAAAGGACGAAGCAGCCCAGCUCCAAAGGAAACUUUAUUUUACCCUCAAAGAAGAAGAGCUGCGAUUGGCUCGACAGAGUGACACGUUCCAGCACAUCUGCGACAGAGUCAGCCAGCAGAGCUCUCCGGCAGACCAGCAGCUGCUGGAUGUGAUUGACUUCUAUGAGACUAAAAUGACUCAGCUGCUGGAUGAGCUCAGAUCUGUCAAAGGAGAACCAGAAGUGGCUCAUCGGACACGAACCAAGAAGGCAUCCAGCAGCAUUACUCCGUCUUUCAAAACCAUUCUCAAGGCAUACCAGACACAACAAAAGAAGAGCAACACUCAAAUCGAAGAGCUAAAGAGAGACGUCGACCGCCUGAAGCAGGAGCUUGAGACGAGAUCGUCCAAAGACAGCACAACUGAGCCCAGUGAUCACGCCAGGGAAGCCAGUCUCUGUGGCCGCUAUCACCAGCUGUUGCACGAGAUCAGCGCUGUUGUGACCGAUCCCAACGCUCCGUUGCGACUGCACAAGCCGAGACCUUCCGCUGUCGGUUCGGAGCUGACAGAGUUUGAGACUCUCCUCCCCGCGCUGGAGGUCUGGGCCCAGCAGCUCCACCUACUGAAGGAUCUACAAAGGGCUUUAAAUAAGCUGAGGGCCAGACUGAUGCCCUGGCAGCCGUCUGAUGGGGGCCAUAAUGCUGCAGAAGCAGUGAAGGUGGAGGACAUGAUGUUGCUGGUGGACACCAUGCUGGAAAGCACCUCAGCUGAUGACGAAAAGGUGCUCCGGAGUCCCACUCGGUACACUCUGGGCUCCAUGGUGUCUCACUUCCAGAAGCUGUUCGACGUGACCUCCCUCAGAGGAGUGUACCCCCGUAUGAACGAGGUCUACACCCGGCUGGGAGAGAUGUCCAACACCAUGAGGAACCUCCGAGACGUUCUGGAGCUAGACAGCAGGGCUCCUCCUGCUGAGGUGGUGAACCAUGUGGCCAGGCUGGUUUCCUCCACCGAGCACACUGCCGGGUUCCAUAAUCUGCUGGGAGACGCUGACAUUGACAGCGUCAUCAUCAAAGUGAAGCAGCACGAGGAGUUCUUCCCCGCUUUCCAUGCCCUCAUUAUGGACAUUUUUCAGACUCUAGGAGUGAGUCAUCUGGAUGACAUCCUUCCAGCUCUGAAGUCUUUGAAACAAGCAGCACAAUGACACACUGCUGCACGAACUGAUCUCCGUGCUGCGUUUUGCUCAACGUCGUUUGUCGAUUGUGGAGUGUGAUUUUUGUUUUUAAUAAAAAUUUGUUUAUUUUAUGGAUGUGGUGUCAGUGAAGACGGGUGUUUUUUGAG